AUGUACAGUAGCUGGCAAGCAACUCCCACAUCAUUUGCUACAUCCGUGCGACUUUUCCGAGUGCACACAGGCGUAUUCCUGCACCUCGACGCCAAAGUUCUUGUCGCCUUUGACUCUGAGCACCUGAAGCUGAAUCCAGAGCUGCACGAGAUUGCGCAGCCCCUGAGUACACUACUUUCAGAUCUGCAGUGUACUCGGAACCGCGCAAUCUCGUCGCCCACGCCAGUCACAAGCGCCUGCAUGUCGCUGUUCAAGGCUACGACAGAAGACACGACCAGCACGGUCCGGGCAAACGUGCUGCACUCGCUCUUCGAGGUGGCAAUAUUAACAACAGGCUCACAUCGGUAA